AACUGUUGUAUUGAUUACACGGCCAAGACAACAUUGUAUUUUCCCAUCCUUCUCAUUCAUUGUCACUCCACUCUCCAGAUCAGUCGCGGUGGCAGCACUGAAACACCAAAAGUAGCGCCAAUAAACACGAGACGAAGAAGAAGGCUGCUGAUGUAUUUCCGGUUUAAUCUCAGCCAGUGUGUUUAUUUCCCGUACAGCGUGUUCUAGAUGUGUACUACUAGCUGCCAAACCCCUUUCAUACUGCACUUUGAAAGCGAAUUUAUGAAUGAACAAUAAUUAGUCAACAUAGUAAUGACUUCCAAAAGGUAUAAAUAUCAAAGGCGAAUUGACAGUAGUUCAGCUGAACAUUGUUGUGUGCCGUUAUGUGGAGCUUCAUCGAGAUUCAACUCCUCACUGAGUUUCCACACGUUUCCGGUGGUCACGGAAAUACGCGAAAAAUGGAUUAGAAACAUUCGACGUGAGAAACUUAACCUCACAUGUCACACGAGGGUCUGUAGUCGACAUUUUACUAGUGAUGAUCUGAUUCAGCCGUUUAACCCUAAAGCGAGGCGCUUGUUGAGGAAAGGGGCAGUUCCCACAUUAUUUGAGUGGAAUGGAUACUCAGAUGCUGAAGCAAAGAUGACCGCAGAGUUUGAGUAUUCUGUGACAAUAAAGGAGAUUUACAGUCAAGGGGAUAUACACCAUCUAGAACACGAUUAUUGUUGGGUUCCGGAACCUACAUUGGCAGAUAAUGCACUGGAUCCAGCUAAAGAUCUCCACGAAGAGGUGGAGCGACUGAGGAGACAAGUGGAGGAGAUGUCAGUCAGUCAAAGAUUUUGUUUGGGCCGUUUUGCUGCUUCCGACGAUGAUAUAAGGUUCUACACACGGUUUACAACUUGCAGCCAUUUAAUGGCCUUCUGGAAGCUCAUUGAACCUGCAUCCAACAACAUGAUUCGGGUGUCCAGAGUAAGAGCAUCUACAGUUAAGCGUGAAGAUGGAACGACAGACGUUGCAUUGGACCGGUCCCUGCAGCCCAUUGAUGAGUUCUUCCUCUUUAUGGUCCACCUUUCGGUUGGCCUAACCCUGCGGGAUCUUGGCCACAGAUUCAACAUCCACGAGUCCACAGUGAGCCGAAUAAUCACAACCUGGGCCCAUUUUCUAUACACCGUUCUCGGGUCUCUCCGCAUCUGGAUGUCUGCAGAGGCAGUCAAAGCUCAUCUUCCCAAUCAGUUCCAGGACUAUCCAGACACACAAGUGCUGAUCCACUGCACAGAGUUGCAUUGCCAAACUCCCCUGCUUAAAAGUGAAGACUUCUCUUACAAGUCCCACCGCAGCUUUAAGGGAUUGAUUGGCAUGGCUCCGCAUGGAGCAGUCACUUUUGUCUCAUCCCUCUAUGCAGCUUCUCUCAGUGAUGAGGAGCUUUUUAAGCAGUCCGGGAUUGUGUCACUGUUGAAGCCUGAAAUGGCUAUAAUGUUCGACAAUACAUUGUUUGUUGAUGAUUGUGUGCCAUGCAAAGUCUACAGACCAGCUCACCUGUUGGAGGAGCAGAUAUCAGCUGAUGAGGGGAAGGAGACGCAGCUCAGGGUCCACAUUGAGGGUCUCAUCCACAGGAUAAAGCAGCACAAGCUGUUAGAUACAGUUAUCCCUCUUUCUGUUACUGGGACCGUCAAUCAGAUUUAUACAGUCGCUUGUCUUUUGGUUAAUUACCAAAACGGCCCAUUAGUAGAAGGUUGGGCUGAAGAUUAAAGACGAGUUGGAGCUAUUAAAUAAACUUUUAGUGAACACUGGAUGGCAUAAUAAUAUUUUUGUGCAUUUAAAGAGCCUGACAGGUGCUCAGAUUGGAAGUCAAGCACUUUCUUUCAAUGUGUCAUGUCAGUAACUAAACAUUGAACUGAGAACGUUUGAGAAACGUAAGACGUUUACUGUAUUAUUACGAGUUUAUUUACCACUUUAAUGUUUAUUUUCGUAAAUGAGAAAGUUCUGUAAGUUUUGGCAAGGAGUCGAACAGUUUGGUGUUUCUUCAAGCAAAAAUCUUCAAGUUUAAUCUGGAGCAAACAGCAAAUCUCAUUACAUAGCGUGUUGUUAGGACCAGUGGUGUAGUCCUAAAAAAAAAAAAGGUGGUGUACUAUUACCCACCCAACCCGCCCAUGCUGUUUUAUAAUCUUACCUGAACGUUUCACCAAGACAUCAUUCAGUUAACUUCGAAAAACCCACAAAAUUUUCUCACAGCUGCUGUGGUCGUCAGGGGGCAGGGAAUGGCGCAAAAUCUAAACAAAAAUGCACCAAUUGCAACAAAUUAGGAUGAGAGUUAAAAAAAUUUGGUAUACAGUUAAAGGGGAAGUCUAAUCAGCAAAGCAAGCGAGUAUAUCGAGGGUAUACGCAAUUAUUGAUCCUCAGAAGUCGUAAUACCCAAACAGCUAGCGAAAAAAGUAGGCAUACUGAGUAUGCGUGCGUAUAGCCACGACUACACCACUGGUUAGGACACGGAGUUUCAAUGUAACCUGCACACCUAAUGUUUGCCUUCAUAAUAUAUUAUUGGCUAAUCUGUGUCUCGUUUCGGAGUCUGCAACUGUCCACCGGAGGUCACAUUUAAAUCACGGAUGCAUGCUUUCCGAGCCUUUCUGACUGAAUGAAUGAAAUGCGCUGUUUUCCAACAAGACAACCUGGGGGCUGAAAUAUAAUUGGCUAAAGUGACAUUGGGCGGGUUAAAAGAACCAAAACAAAGACAGCAUUCUGGCACGUAACGCACAUUUUCAAAGCAGAAUAUCUGACUUCAGCAUUGUUUUUCAGAUAAAGAAGAAUGUUCACCUGGCAUUUUUCUUAAAUAUCUGCAAACAUAUUAUGGUUUUUUUAUGCUUUAGAAAGUCAAAAACUUACACACAGCACCUUUAAACAUAAUAAGGUGUAAAAAUGCUGGGUUCCACACAAUCGUUUUGUGUUGGGACAGCAUGAAGGAAUUAAGUUCACUUAUUAGUUUUUACAAAUUUAAGUGCCUUGAACCUAAAACAAUUAAGUUCCCCACCCAAAAAAACAAUUGUGUUGUUUUAGCUUAUUUUAAAUAAAUAGUUUGAACAAACAGCAAAACAUAAUUUUCUCAGUGUAAAUAACAACACUUUCAAUGCAGUAA